GAGGACAGCACAGCACAGCACAGUGGGGCUGACAGGUAUGAUUGGCAAUGUCUGGGGCAGAGGAUGACACAAGUGGAGUUUCAGUUGGACUCGAGAGUUUAACUGUAGAAGGUGCGUCUGAAGUUGGGGCCAAAGCUCUGCCACGUGAAAACUCUUCUCAAACAAGUGAGCCUUCAGAGUACAGUCCCAAUCAAGUACCAUCUGAUAAUUUGAAUAGAAUCCAUCAGGACAAUAUACACCAGGCUGGAGCUCUGAAUGAACGAGAUGAGGCUGCAAUAAAAGUUCUUCUGCCCACACAAGACUCAACGGAAAACAUAUCUGAUGAGACAUUACAUCUCGAAUCAGAACCAGAGAGAGAUCCAGGAUUGGAUGGACAGACAUCAGCUGAGGAGAACGUUGAUGAGCAUUUGGCUUCUGAUAAAACUAGAGCUUGGGGAUCCUGGGGAACUUGGGGAAAGUCACUGUUGUCCUCAGCAACAGCAACUGUUGGUCAUGGACUAAGCACAGUAAUGGAAAAAGCAGAAGCCUCCCUCAAAGUACACAGUAGUGCGCCAGUAUCUGAAGAGAAGAAAUCAACCAAGUAUGAAGAAAAUCCUUUUGCAGCAGAUAAUCCAGAGGAAUCGUUUCCUGGAGAUGUUCCACCCGCCUCCCCCACUGCUUCAUCUCGUGGUAUGCUGUCAACCUUAUCUAAUGUUGUUCAAAACACGGGUAAAUCUGUUCUCAGCGGUGGCUUGGAUGCUUUAGAAUUCAUUGGUAGGAAGACAAUGAAUGUCCUUGCGGAAAAUGACCCUGGAUUCAAGAAGACAAAGAUACUACUGCAUAAAACUGCCACGUUGUCCCAGAUGUUGAGAGAAGCAAAAGAAAAAGAAAAACGACAGGUCACUGUGGAGAAGGCUGCUCACUAUGGAAUGCUUUUUGACGAGUUUCAGGGUCUUUCUCAUUUAGAAGCUUUGGAAAUUCUAUCCAAUGAAAGUGAAAUAAAGGUUCAGUCAGUUUUGAUGUCCCUCUCUGGAGAAGAAUUAGAGAUCCUGAAACAGAACUUGAUCAGCAUUCGUGAUGUCUUCAUACAAAAUGAAUUAAAUCCUGAUGAAGAACAAGAGGAGGAAAAUGAAAUACAGCAAGUGGCUGAAAUUCCAGCAGAUGAUGAACAGUUUGUGAGCAUGUUGACAGAGCUCCUGUUUGAAUUGCAUAUUGCUGCGACACCAGACAAGCUGAACAAGGCAAGAAAAAAGGCCUAUGAUUGGGUAAAAGAGACCAAAUCAUUCUUGGCAGCAGAAACUGAAGAGAUUACGGCCCCAGAGUCGAAAAAGGAAGAAGACAUCAAUCAAACCAAAGAAACUCAAAGAGGCAAAGCAGCCAUGGAGGAUGUUUUUCUGUCAUCUAUUGAGAGUCUGGCUGAGGUAACGGCACGCUGUAUUGAACAGCUUCAUAAAUUGGCUGAGUUGAUUCUUCAUGGGCAGGAAGUGGAGAAGCCAGCACUGGACCAGGCUAAAAUCCUUGCCAAGUUAACUGUUGCCAUGUGUAAGGAAGUGACCUCACUCUCAAAGAAAUUUGUUUCCUGUUUGACUGCCGUAGGGGCGAAACAGAAAGCAGAAGUUUUAAUGCCACAGAUUAAUACCAUCACACUCCAGGGUGCUAACAGUAGCACAUACAUCGAGGGUGGAUUUCAGCUACUGCUUCCAAUUCUUCAGGUCUCACACAUCCAGAUUACCAACAGCAAAGCAGACAAAUGAACUCUGGGGAAUAUGGGGACCAUUUUUGUAUUCCAAACACUAGAAUUUGAAUUUCAGAUGGCCUUAGUUGAAUAGACAGCAGCCUGAUUCUUCACAGGAUUGCCACAAAAUUAUAGAAAAGUCACUACAAGUAUUUUGGGGAUUGAAAUGCCAGUCAUCUUCACUAUAAAAAUAGCCUUUUCAUAAAAACUGGUGUAUUUGUUGUACCCCAUAACAUUUACAUUGACACUAAAAGUAUGAUAGUGAUUUACAGUAUAUAAAAUAUUUUGGUUCUAAAUAUACUGUCUGAAGCUGAGAACUUGGAACAAUUUGUAGCUAUUUAAAUCAUUACUGAAUAUUAGUUUCCAAUUGCAUGGCACAAAAACUGCACUUUGUAAUCUUUCAGUUUGCUUUAUUUCUAACUAUUUAAUCAAAAUGGAAGUGAAAAGCAUUAGUUAAGCUUGAUCCCUAACACUGUAUUGGUUACUUCACCAAUUAUUGCUUUUGUUUUUACUUUGUAAGGUAACAUUUGACCCUGUUUGAUUACCGAGUGUCAUUUAUUACUACAGUGGAAGCCGGACACAUCGGGGCCGACUAUUUUGUCCGGCUUAAGUUACAUCUGAGAGAAACCAAACUUCCAUUAACUCUUCCUGCCCAGUAGAGGAGCAGCAGCACCUCCUCCCUCCCAUCACCAUUUCCACUGGAUAGAAAAUUAAUUGGAUCAAUUAGCAGUGGCUCCGAUGUGAUUGACAGCCAUGGAGCCACAUGUGAAUGGAUGGGCUCCAGCCAUUCACAAGCGGCUCCAACGGUCAGUCAACCACGAUUUGACUCCUCACAUUCUCUCUUUUUCCCCAGUUCCUCUGCCCCCUCCCUGAUUGACAGCCCAACUCUAGCUGCUCAUGAAUAGCUGGAGUCCACUGUCAAUCAAUUGCAAUUUGAUUCCUCCCAUCUCCCUCCUGGAGCCACUCGUGACACCGAAGGCCCGAAUGAGUACAUUCAGUAGUGAUCAGCGCAGCAUUUUGACCGGAAUAACUGGAUUGUUUAUGCCGAAUUAACCAGCAUAUUUAAAACGGGUAAGAGUACAAAUGAAUCAGGUCCGGGCAUUUUGUCGAAUUUGUACGACGUCUGAGGUUAACCGGCGCCCAGCUUAAGCAGCUUCCACUGUAUAAAGUUGAAAGUAACUCAGCCCCAUGCUUUAUAGUAGGGGAUUGUGAAAGUUAUCUGUAGUGAAGUAUUUAUAAUUUUAUCACAAUUGGAAAUGGGCUUUAAAAUGUACAGAAUUGGUAAAAUUUACACAGAACCGAGGUGGACCAACACUGAAGUAUGGAUUCCUUUGGUGGAUCCCUUUGAUCUGAUUGGUUAGGUGUAGUUUUUCUAUGCGAUAUACACCUAUUUAUUUUUAACUAAUGUGUGCAAAAUUAAUGGUUACUAUUACAUGUUUAAACUGCUUUAAGCCUUGCUAACAUUUUUUGCAUUCCAAAAGUAGAAUGUGUGUCAGUCAGGCUCAGUUGGUAGUUGUCUCUCCGCUAAUUCAGAAGGCUGUGGGUUCAAGACCCAUAUUGGGACUUUGAACUGGUAUAGUCUAGGCUGACACUCCAAUGAAAUGCUGGGAGUGCACUGCAUUGUUAGAGUUGCUGUCCUUCGGAUGAGGCAUUAAAUGAAGGUCCAGAAUGCCUUUUCAGGUUAAAGAUUUGUGGCAUUAUUCGAAGAGAAAGGAAUUUCUACCAGUGCCUUGGCCAAAAAUCCUCCAAAUAAAUCAUUCGAUGCAUGACUGCGUUUUACAAAAACUCCUGAAAAGCACUUUGAGACGUCUUCCUGACAUGAAAGGUGCUAUAUCAAAUAAGUGUUGGACUUUAACAUGGCAUUCAAAAAAUAUUCUCUGCAAUUUGUACUUAAAAAAUUAAGAACACAUUAAAAGACGAAUUAAUUACUGA